ACUAACUACAGCCUUUCUCUAGCCUUAGUUGGCAUGAUCCGUGUUAUCGGCGUAUUCGCAUCUGGCAAUGCAUCGCCGCCGAACCCAUCGACUAGCCUUCGCUGACCCUAUUUUGCUACUUACUGUACCGCCCACGCAAUGCCACCAAAAACACGGGUCAUAACAGCCAGAGAGCUGCAAUCGCUCCUUAUACGCAUCGGUGCGGCAUCGACAGGGAAAAAAUCGACUCUUGUGGAACGCCUUGGGCGCGACAUUACCAGGCCGCGCCUCUUGAACCGCCAUGCAAAAUGCAAUAGGCUGCGGCCCGCGGACUCGAAGCUUCGCAUCAUGAGCAUUGACAUGGGGAUCAAGAACCUAGCUUUUUGUGAAGCCGAGGUUUCAUAUCCGGCUAAAGACAGUCUGAAUGCGACAAUGGAGGUCUUGAGAUGGGAAAAAGUCGACCUCGCACCUGCGACACAACAUGUUGCGCUGCAGGGACCUGGACCAAGCCCCCUCAAUCAGGACAAUUUCGAUGCAGACGAAGGCGCAGACCUGUAUUCUGUAGGCGUCUUGUCCAAAACGGCCUAUGGACUGGUUAAAAAGACGAUAUUGGCUGGAGCCCCGGAUGUGGUGUUGAUUGAGAAGCAGAGAUGGCGGUCAGGCAACGGCAGCGCAGUACAGCAAUGGACUCUGCGAGUGAACACGCUGGAAGGCAUGCUGUGGGCUGUGCUGGAGACGCUGCAUACGGAACAGCUGCUCAUGCUGCAGAAGGAGGGGGGGGUUAAUGAGGAGAAGAGGCUAUACGAGGUCCAUGGCAUAGACCCCAAGCGCGUGGGACACUACUGGCUUGAACAAAACGCUCAGCGGCUUGCUAGCGAAGACAACGUCACAGACGUAGUAGAUGUUGAGCAGGACACAUCCGCCACCGCCAAGCUCAGCCGGUCCAAGGCAGAGAAAAAAGCAAAAAUCGCUCUGUUACGAUCCUGGUUCGUUGCAUCUCCAGCGUCUACCGCGUCCACCACUUGCGCAACAACGCCCACCAUUUCGUUUGCUAUCGGCAAAAACGCAGAGCCUACGCGCCGAGCUCUCUGCUCGCCGCCCAAGUCCACACGUGCUAGGAAGAGUAGCUCCACGGCUCCCAAUAGCGUUGAGAGCCUUGCAGAUGACGUUCCAGUCGCCGAGCUGAGGAAACUAGACGACAUUACCGAUUGCUUUCUCCAGGCCGCCGCGUGGGUAAGCUGGGAGUCGAAUCGACGGAAACUGUGGGAUAUCUGGAGGAAAAGGCUAGAGCAGCGGCAUGGCAGCGAGUCUGAUGAUGAAAGUCUUGCCCGCGAGCUAGACGGCGAGGUGCUGCUGGAUAUGGCGAGGGAGGUCGAGGCAUGAGGCAUCAUGAAUUAGUAGGGUAUCAUUAUUCCUAGGAACAGCGUGCAAG